GUCUCGCGGUGUUUAGACACCUUUCAGACAUCUUGCAUUUUUCAGUCUGAAAGAACGAAUUUAUAAAAUACCGUUGACUUCAUCGGGCCAAGCGAACCCGAAAUAACAGGGCCUUUAUUGUUGAUAUUCGUGACUUAUUUGUAUUUCGACCGAAUGCAUGUGAGGCUAUAGGUGGCUGAACCGAGAGCUCGCGUGUCAAACCACUGAGUGGAUUGUCUCUCCCGGGGCUCUCGAGCCGUAUUGUGCGUCAUUUUCAUAGCUGCAUUUUGUUUUUCUAUCGAGGCAACAUGGCAACUCCCGCCGCGGUAAAUCCAUCGGAGAUGGGCAGUGAGUUGCCGGGGCCCGUUACUAUGCCGGGGGCGGUGGUGGGGGCGGGCCAAGUGAGGAUGGGCGGAGCCAUGCCGGGCCGCGGGGGCAAGAGGAGAUCCGGAGGGAUGGACUUUGAUGACGAGGAUGGGGAAGGACCAAGUAAAUUUUCAAGGUAUGAUGAUGAUGAUCAGAUACCUGGUGAUGAUAAGGAGAGAUAUGCCAGAGAGAACCACAGCGAGAUAGAGCGGCGUCGCCGUAACAAGAUGACCCAGUACAUCACGGAGCUGUCGGACAUGGUGCCCACCUGCAGCGCUCUGGCCCGCAAGCCAGACAAACUGACUAUCCUCCGCAUGGCCGUGUCCCACAUGAAGUCCAUGAGAGGGACCGGGAACACGUCCACUGACGGGGCGUACAAGCCCUCGUUCCUGACCGAACAGCAGGGUCUACAAACCCUCCUCCUCAGCAAACAGGAGUUGAAGCACCUCAUCCUGGAGGCGGCCGACGGCUUCCUGUUUGUGGUCGCCGCGGAGACGGGCCGCGUGAUCUAUGUGUCUGACUCGGUGACGCCGGUGCUCAACCACCCGCAGUCGGAGUGGUUUGGCAGCACGCUGUAUGAGCAGGUGCAUCCUGACGACGUGGACAAGCUGCGGGAACAGCUCAGCACCUCAGAGAAUUCCAUGACAGGGCGUAUCCUGGACCUGAAGACAGGAACAGUGAAGAAAGAGGGGCAACAGUCUUCUAUGAGGAUGUGCAUGGGCUCCAGACGAUCUUUCAUCUGCAGAAUGAGAUGUGGCAGCACCCCACUGGACCACAUCUCUCUCAACCGACUGUCCAACAUGAGGAAGAGAUACAGGAACGGUCUGGGACCCUCGAAGGAGGGAGAGGAUCAGUACUCUGUGGUGCACUGUACCGGCUACAUCAAAGCAUGGCCCCCAGCAGGUAUGACCAUACCAGAAGAAGACACAGAGGCAGGACAGACCAGUAAAUACUGCCUUGUGGCCAUCGGAAGACUGCAGGUGACCAGUUCUCCCGUUUCCAUGGAUAUGAACGGCCUGACGGUUCCCACGGAGUUCCUGUCGCGCCACAACUCCGACGGCAUCAUCACUUUCGUGGACCCGCGGUGCAUCAACGUGAUUGGAUACCAGCCUCAGGAUCUGCUGGGGAAAGACAUCCUGGAGUUCUGUCACCCAGAGGACCAGAGUCACUUGAGAGAGAGCUUUCAACAGGUGGUAAAGUUGAAAGGCCAGGUGUUGUCUGUGAUGUACAGGUUUCGUAUGAAGAACAGAGAGUGGAUGUUAAUCCGCACGAGCUCCUUCACCUUCCAGAACCCCUACUCCGAUGAGAUCGAGUACAUCAUCUGUACCAACACCAACGUCAAGCAGCUCCAACAGCAGCAGCAGGCAGAGCUGGAGGUCCAUCAGAGAGACGGCCUGACAGCCUAUGACCUAUCACAGGUGCCCGUUCCCAGUGUGGGAGGAGGGGUUCAUGAGGCGGGCAAGAACACUGACAAGACGGACACCAUGUUCUCACAGGAGAGAGACCCGCGCUUUGCUGACAUGUACUCCGGCAUCUCUGGCUCUGGUGAGAAGAAGAUGAUGGUUCCUUCGUCUACGGCGGGAGGUCAGCAGCUCUACUCCCAGAACUCUCCCUUCCAGCCCGGACACUCUGCCAAGAGCUUCAGCUCCUCAGUGAUCCAUGUCCCGGGGGUGAACGAUAUCCAGCCGUCGGGAUCGUCCAAUCAGAACCUAGCUCAGAUCUCCAGACAGCUCAACCCAGGACAGGUGGCCUGGACUGGCAACAGACCCCCGUUCUCUGGCCAGUCCACUAAGGCCCAGUCCAGUCCAUUUGGGAUAGGCUCCGGCCACAGUUACCAAGGAGACCCAUCUUCCUACAGCCCCCUGUCCUCCCCGGCCACCUCAUCGCCCAGCGGCAACGCCUACUCUGGACUGGCCAACCGGAGCACAGCGUUCGAUGUGUCAGGAGAGGGCAGUCAGAGUGGGGGUCAGUUCCAGGGUCGGCCCAGUGAGGUCUGGUCCCAGUGGCAGAACCAGCACCACGGCCAGCAGGGAGGAGAGCCACACUCUCACCCCAACCCCUCCCAGACUGAAGUGUUCCAGGACAUGUUGCCGAUGGCAGGAGACCCAACACAAGGAACAGCCAACUACAACAUUGAAGACUUUGCUGAUCUGGGCAUGUUCCCUCCCUUCUCCGAGUAGAACCCUUUAACGUUCUAUCAAUGGAACACUGCUCUGUUCUUCCACCAGAACCCUCUGAUAGUGGAAAAGGAAUAGAACACAAUGUGCAUCCGUUCCUUCAUGGCUACCCAACCCCACACACACAGUUUAUCACACACUAGCAGUAGAGCACAGUGAAUGUCCAGAUGCACCCUCUCAUAAACACACACACACUCUGACACAUACCUCUUUCCUUUACAAGAAGAGAGUUUGUUCUAUAGAAGACUGGUACAUUGCUAGUGGUGUACUGACCUUUUCCUUUGUAAUAAUGUCUUCAUUCACUUAAAUGAUGCCUGUUCUUUUAACAAAGGCUUGUGAAUUUAAAGGUGCAAUCUGUAACUUUAAUUUCCCCUAGUGGCAUCUUGAAGUACUACAAAAUAUGCCAAGAAGCAGUAAAAAAAUACAAAGCCUAGAAAAUUAACCAAUGCAGACUCCCCCCUUCCGUUUGCAAACAAUUGCAGAGGCAGGCAGCACUUUUGGGGGGGAAACGAAAAUUACAGAUUGCACCUUUUAAGCUGCCAAUAUCCACUUUGCACUCCAUUUGAAGUCUAUUCUGCCAAACUGCUCCAGGCCAAGAGACACUCACCACGCUGAUCAAUGUUGGUACCAUCGAUACAUAUUAUCAUACAGUAUGUCACUGCUGCUCCUCCCUCAGUAUUACAUUAAGCUUUAUGACGUAAAUUAUACCUAUAUGUAGUGAUGUUCAUAACGCCUAGCUAAAACCUACGGAAGUCUAGAAGGAUUCUGUGUAGAUAAAAAUAAAGAUUUCACUCACCUGCAGAAGUCGCUAAGCUACAAUGCUUAAGUGCACUUCAUCGAAGCUAACCGCUAAAACUCACCAGCUUGCUAAAAAGGGAAAAAGCGCCAUAUCGCCAAAGCAACGCAGUUCAGUAUAUAUACUAGUUUAGUGUAUCCUUGUGGCUCUCGCUGCUCUACUUUAUAACUUUAUUAUAUUCUCUUUUCUGAUUAUUAACAGAGACUGAAUACUACUUUAUAGCGAGGGAACUUUUACAUGAUAGAUUGUGUACUGUGUUUCUGGUUAAUGACUGAUGGGACAGAAUGAUAGAUUGUGUACUGUGUUUCUGGUUAAUGACUGAUGGGACAGAAUGAUAGAUUGUGUACUGUGUUUCUGGUUAAUGACUGAUGGGACAGAAUGAUAGAUUGUGUACCGUGUUUCUGGUUAAUGACUGAUGGGACAGAAUGAUAGAUUGUGUACCAUAUCUCUGGUUAAUGACUGAUGGGACAGAAUGAUAGAUUGUGCACCAUAUCUCUGGUUAAUGACUGAUGGGACAGAAUGAUAGAUUGUGUACUGUGUUUCUGGUUAAUGACUGAUGGGACAGAAUGAUAGAUUGUGUACCAUGUUUCUGGUUAAUGACUGAUGGGACAGAAUGAUAGAUUGUGCACCAUAUCUCUGGUUAAUGACUGAUGGGACAGAAUGAUAGAUUGUGCACCGUGUUUCUGGUUAAUGACUGAUGGGACAGAAUGAUAGAUUGUGCACCAUAUCUCUGGUUAAUGACUGAUGGGACAGAAUGAUAGAUUGUGUACUGUGUUUCUGGUUAAUGACUGAUGGGACAGAAUGAUAGAUUGUGUACCAUGUUUCUGGUUAAUGACUGAUGGGACAGAAUGAUAGAUUGUGCACCAUAUCUCUGGUUAAUGACUGAUGGGACAGAAUGAUAGAUUGUGUACUGUGUUUCUGGUUAAUGACUGAUGGGACAGAAUGAUAGAUUGUGUACUGUGUUUCUGGUUAAUGACUGAUGGGACAGAAUGAUAGAUUGUGUACCAUAUCUCUGGUUAAUGACUGAUGGGACAGAAUGAUAGAUUGUGUACCAUAUCUCUGGUUAAUGACUGAUGGGACAGAAUGAUAGAUUGUGUACCAUAUCUCUGGUUAAUGACUGAUGGGACAGAAUGAUAGAUUGUGUACCAUAUCUCUGGUUAAUGACUGAUGGGACAGAAUGAUAGAUUGUGUACUGUGUCUCUGGUUAAUGACUGAUGGGACAGAAUGAUAGAUUGUGUACUGUGUCUCUGGUUAAUGACUGAUGGGACAGAAUCUACAACUGGAAUCCUUUUGCUAAAAAAAAAUCUAAAAAUGUAUGUUUUUGUAAAUAAUGUGAUUUUUAUGUUGACUCGUUACUUUUACACAGUAUACGUUGUUUUUUGUGUAGGUUUAUAUAGGUGUCAUCAAUGUGUGCAAUGUGAGUACAUAUUUAACUAUCGGUAUUUAGUUUAGUCUUAAUUGUACAUGAGUUUAAGGAACCUGUAUAAAAUUGUGUAAAUGUUACCCAUUAUUUUUGUUUAACACAUUUUUGUGCUUGUGAAAAUAAAUGUUUAUUUGUUA